AUGGCGGUGGCGGGCGGCGGUCGCAGCUCCGGGCCGGGGCAGGCUCCUGCGCCGGGCAGCGCCGGCGAUACCUCCCUCCUCGGCAGCGCCACGACAUGGCCCUUGAAGCGCUACGGCCGCUUCCUACCACCGACGGACGGCGACGAUGAAGGGCAAAACACCUCCUCUUGGAAGGUUUUUGAAUCAAAUGAAGACUCGGGCCAUCUUAUCCUUACCAUUGUUAUAUCUGGCCAUUUCUUUAUUUCCCAAGGGCGAACAGUACUGGAAGGCUUUUCAUUAAUCGAUGCCCACAAGUGGUUAAAGAUAGUAAGAAGAGCAGACUGCCUGCUGCUUCGUGCACAAUCAAAGAAUGAAUGCCGCAUGUUUCGUGUUCAGUUUGGUGGAGACUCAAAAGACCAGAUGCUGGAACACUGCUGCAGUUGCGUUCAGAGACUUGCCGAGUACAUACCGGUUGAAGUAACUGAUGAACAAAGCCAGAAGCUCUAUCACAGUCUCAAUCAGCUGGCUAACGGUGAAAGUCAAGAGAAGGACGCUGAGGAAAAUCCAGAUGAGCCUCUACCAGAUUCCUGCACAAGCCUUGGAGAAAGAAGAUCUGUAACACAGCUAGCGCAGUCUGUGCUGAAAAAGAAGUUUGAGCUCCCCCUUGUGUAUCGGCAUUCAGCCUGGCGAGCACAAGAGCUGGGGCCCUUCAUUCGCUUAUGCCUUAUGGAUCAGCAUUUCCCAGCUUUUGUGGAAGAUGUGGAGAAGGAAUUGAAAAAACUCACAGAAGGUUGAGAAAUACCAGCUUAUUACCACUGCAAUUCAUGCUCCAGGACACCCAGCACUCGGGAUGCACAAGCUUAAGCGUGAUUAAAUAUUUGAAGAAGUCUCAUAUUUUUUUUGUCAGUGUUUUAUUUUUAAAAACAGGUGAAUCCACUUUUUAUACAUCAUUGCACUUCAACAAAUACACAGAACACGAGUUCAUGCAUCUACAGUUACGCACAUCAUGAGAACCCUGUUAGGUCUAUUUCUACAAUCUUUAAAUCAUGAGAAA